AUGUGGAAUCGAGUUCUUCUACUGAUUAUCCUACUUCUAGUUCUUGUAUUAUGUCUUCUGAAUUCUUAUGAUCCUGAUCAAACUUCAACUGAUGUUGGGAAGAAUUUGAAUUUGGCGCCAACUUCAGGGCUACCACAGUACCUUGAUUUUUAUCAAGCGGAAAGAGAUCGAGAGUUCAAAGACAAACAUCUCCCCAGUCCCAAAUCCGCCUACCUUCUCUCCGCCUUCGAAUUUCCUAACGAGAUUUCAAUUGUUCACAUGAAUCGCGAAAUCACUGGCGCCACUCUCUGGUGUCGAUAUUUUUCUGAAAAUUCGACUGAAAUUUCAGCUUCUCAAAAAUCUUUCACUUACCCAUGUCAUCUUGUAAACUGCCCAAAAGUUGCAGGAACUCGUAAAGUUUCGUUGAGUGUUUUCGAGAAUUCGACGGAUUUUGAUUUUCCGAUUCCACUUGUGCCACGUGGCAUGGAAAAUUAUGUGGAAGACAAAUAUGAAUUUUCAAUGUGUAUGUCACCAAUUUAUGGAAAAGAGCCAAAAUGGUUGUUGAUUUCAGAGCUCAUUGAGCAUUAUAAAUUACAGGUAGGUGAAAUUUGACACAAAAAAAACAUAUCAAAAAUCUUAAGGGUGUCAGUCACUUUUAUUUCUAUAUUCAUUUCAUCGAUCAAUACAGUCGAGCAAUUUUGGAAGACUAUCAAAGAACUGGGGAGAUUACAGUGAUCGAGUUAUUGGAAAAAUACAACCGUGAACCAGAGCAUUUGCAAAUUCCAGCGUAUCGCGUAGGUUUGCACAAUUAUCACGCUAAAAUUACAGAAGUUUGUAGGAUUGUCAACUUCGCGCGAAAUUCGAAUCCCGCUGGUUGCUUUUCAGUGAUUUGGAUGAGCGAAUUAUUAUGACUGGGUAUCCUGGAACAAUUUUGAAUUUUUUGCGAGAUUUGGAGAAUCCAGAUAGUAUUGGGGCUGUGAUUUUUAGGCAGCGAUGGGUUUUGAAAACUGAAACUAUGCCGGACAAAUAUAUCAAUGAUAGUCAUGUGAGAAAUGAAAUAUGAAAGAGAACAAAUCAAAGUUAUCAGCUACUCUCCUGGCUCCCAACUCUUCGUUGGCACAACACCUCAUCCGUCGGUCCACGAAGACACACUGUGAAAACCAUAGGUGAUCCGAAAAAAAUCUACGAAGCCUGGGUGCAUUAUCCAAAAAUCUAUUAUCCGGGUGAACAUCAAACGUAUGACGUCAAGCCGGAAGAGGGAUAUGUGAGGUGGGUGAUAGAUAUUUUGAAUUUAUUUUGCACCUUGAUAAAUUUCCAGACAUUAUCGUGACCAAAAAAUGGGAAAUUGGGGUGGAAAAUGGCUCAAAGAUGUUGUCAAAUUCGGCCCGUUUUCGCUGACAAAUUAUUCGAAAAUCUACCAGGGAAAAUUGGUGGAAAAUGUGCGAAAGCGGGUGGAAAACGUGUAUUUGAAUUAUAGUUUGAGAUUGGAAGAUUGA